AUGGGACCUUACAACAUUCCAAUACGGUAGUAGAUCGCUGCGCUUCUAGCUAAAUAAGCUAGCUAAUGCGCCGUAGCUAAUAUUCAUAUACAUAGAAUUGCACUGUAGACUGUUAUUAGUGGCGUUGCUUCUAAGUCAGUCAUGCAGCUAUAUAUUGCAGGGCGAGUGUCUUGGCUUACGCUGUGUGUUGGAUUUUUUGUUCUGCAACAAACAUGGCGGCCGUCGUCAGCGCUCAAAAGUGGGUUUACAUUUCGCGUGGAUCCUGGCAAGAGGGAUUGCUUUUACGAGACGAUUAAGAGAAACGUGACUCUUGAUGUCGAAUACCAAGUGAUUGAAGGUGGAGACCUCGACAUCGGCUUCACUCUGCAGGCACCAAGCGGUAAAAUAGCUAUUGAGGAUGGUCAUCGUACUGAUGAAGCUCACUCUCUAGUGACAGAAGAGGAGGGGGAAUAUGAAUUUUGCUUCGAUAACACGUUCAGUACAGUUGCUUCCAAGGCAAUAUUUGCAGAUCUUGGAGUAGACUUUGAAGAUGACAUUCAAAAAAUGAUAGGGAUCAAAGAUGAGAACCUAGAGGAAGACUUACAUGAUCGAUUUGUGAGGACACUGGAGAAUGUGAGAGUUGAUUUAGAUAAAGCAGAACAUAUACAGAACUUUAUAAGCUCAGCUGCAGCGAGAGACUUCAGACUUGCCAAAAGUAAGGACAGCAGAGUUUUCUGGUGGUCCCUUAUACAGUCUGUUGCACUUAUAGGCGUAGCCAUUGUUCAAGUCAACGUUGUAAAACAUUUUUUUGGUGGAGGAAAGACAAGAGUAUAGCAUAGAGGGUAAGCAGUUGGGCAUAGUUGAUGGUAAGAAAACAGUCUUAAGCAUGCAUACCAACUCUCCCUUUUUAUAAAUAUUUCCCUGUUUUUUUAAUAAAAAAUCUAUUUAAAAAAACUAUGAAAAAGUUUAUUGAAUAAUGAAGGCCAGAAGUCUCUCUUUGUUUUUUAUAAAGACAUCAUAUCAAUGUACAAAGAAUAGCCAGAGUUAAGCCUAAACUCAAGAUUGUUUAAGUCUGUUUGUUGACAUGUACAAUAUAGUCAUUCGAAAGAGGUGCAACAGCUUGAGUGGUACCCAUAGCUAAUGCUUUUGGCUCACAAGGAUGAUGUAUGAAGUUAACACUUGCAGCAAUUCCGAGGGGACAUAUUGUUUUUUUAGUUCAGUUAUACUAAAACCCCAUUUCUUUUUCUCUGUUCUUUAUAUCUUUGUGUUGGAUUCCCCUUUCUAUGAUGAGGGAUAAACCUUAUGCAAAUAAAGCAAACCAUUUUAGUAUUACAUGCUUUUAAUUGUAAUUAUGGAUACAGACUUUGUACAAUAUAAUAACCUAAUUAUUUUGUGUAUACAAGUGUAUAGUUCUUCAAUGCUGAUCACAUUUGUAGGUGAAUACAUUACAAAGACUCAAGAUGUGCAGGUAUCAUAUAACCCUAACCAGACAGUGAAAGAACCAAAUACCAACCUCUACACCUAUUUCUGUGAAACCUAAACCUGCAGUUUUAUCAACUCAACUAUAUGCAAUUAUGCUUAGGUUCAAAGCUGGUAACAAUCACAGUUCUCAAGCAAAGUGCAUAAGAUUAUCAGACAUGGAAGUAUUUGAAGUUCUACAGUAGAUCAAUGAUAUCAAUAUAAUUUCUACUAUUGUGUUGCAAUUAUGGUGGCAGUGAAAUGAUUGAUCAUCCCCAUAUCUUAGAAUCGUUGUCCUGUGAGUCCAUAAAGAUAAAACUGUUAAUAAUAACAGGACAUUCCCAAUGAUGCAUAACAUUUAUAUGAAAUAUACUCCACAAGAAGAAAUGAUGAAUAUCUACACUAAACAAUAAAAAAAAAUAUUACAGCUGUGA